CGAAAACGAAGGAUCGUGCAUUCGUACCAAGUGUGAAUCAAGAGGAGGAUCGUCGUGAGAAGGAUCUUGAAUCUCGAACGUUCGAUCGAGCUGCAGCCGAGAUGGAACUGGACCGAGCUAGACGGAACGAAUGGUGUGCCAACAGUCGCAGACGACAUGCUUUUCGAGUUCAUAGAUGACCAUAGCUGAGUUUGCGGUUUGCGGUAGCUGGCGCCGGUAGCAAUAGUUUCUCUCCAAGUGAGGUUAUGUCGUCCCGUUUUAGCUGUAUACACUCCAGUACUUCACAUUUAUGAUCGGGUUUUUGUAUUAGAAUUGACAUUAGAUUGAAGGAGUCAGUCUUUGCGAGAUGGCCGAGACCCCUUUGAGUUUGGGCGAGAAGACGUUCAUUAUUCAUGGAGUCGACCUUGAUCUGAGAAACGAUGGUCGAUCCAAGUAUCAGUAUCGUCCUCUUGAGAUUGAGACCAAGCUGAUGAAACACGCACAUGGAUCAGCGAGAUUACGCGUAGGUAAUAUCACGGAUGUCUUAGUCGGGGUGAAAGUGGAAAUUGACACGCCAUAUGCCGAAAGACCACACGAGGGCAAAUUGGACUUUUUUGUAGACUGCUCCGCUAAUGCCACACCAGCAUUUGAAGGCAAAGGUGGGGACGAUUUAGCGACCGAGAUCAGCAACGUUCUCUCAAUAGCUUACCAGACACCAAAUGCCUUCGAUUUGAAACAACUAUGUAUAAUACCUUAUAAGAAAUGUUGGAAAAUGUAUGUGGACAUUUUGAUCCUUCAAUGCGGUGGGAAUUUGUUCGAUGCAGUGGGUGCUGCGGUGAAGGCGGCAUUGUAUAAUACUGAAAUCCCCAGAGUGAUCACAGCAACACUCGACGGUGGCGAACCGGAUAUUCAGGUGUCAGAUGAUCCUUACGACUGCAUUAAACUGGAUGUCACGAAUUAUCCGUUGGUAGUAACAGUAUGCAAGAUUGGAGACAAUUUCGUGAUAGAUCCAACGUCGGAAGAAGAAUCCUGCAGCACCGCUAGUAUUCUUAUAUCCGCAAUGCCGAACGGCAAGGUGACAUCUGUAGUCAAACUGGGAUACGGCAGCCUGUUGCCUAGCACCUUGAUCAAAAUGAUGAAGGUUGGAAAGGAUAUCAGUCUCAAGCUAAACGAAGCUGUUAUGAACAAACUGAAAGACGAGAAUAUGCUCGGUCAAACUAAACCUGUAUUCGGUUUUCUUAGAUAACACGUGCUCAAUAUGUUAUUAAACUUUGAAGGAUACAGGUAUAUUUUUCGUAUUCUUAGUUAUGGAUUUAAUAUUUCUCGUUAUUUCAUUAUUAAUGUUACAAUGCAAUAUUGCAAAGUACUUUUGAUUCUUGCAAAAUUUGAUAAAGCUGCAAUAGCAUAUUUUUAUGUACAUUUUUUACUAACGUAUAACAAUACUGAAUUUAAUAGUGUAUGUAUGUGAAGGUGUUUAUGUGUGCAGUUUUGUAGGACAUAAUUUGAAAAUCAUUACUAAUUUAGAACGAAAAUUCUUAUAAGAUUUCUGGGGAAAAUUUUUCUUACAAUUCUUCAUAUAAUUUUUUUUUAAUUUUAAUAUAAACAGAUUUUUUUCUGUACUUAUAAUUUUAUAACUUUAGAAAAUUACUCAGAUUUUUUUAGGAACUGCGAAACACUUUUCAGAAGUGUGGAAACUAUACAUAUUUUUUAAUUUCUUAUAAUAUUGUAUAAUAUAAUAUAAUUAUCUAAAAUAUUAUAAUUAUAUAAUAUAAUAAAUAUUUAAUUUCUUUUUUUAAUAAUUUUCAAAGAAAACUUAUAAAAUCUGAAGAAAUUAAGAUAUUUUUUUCUGAAAAUUUCAUGAAUUUGAAAUACGAAAAGUUUUAUGAAAGUUUUUUUCACUAGGGACGUCAUAAAAGGUAAAUGUAUGUGUAAUGGUAGAACAUGAAUCAGUCAAAUAAAUGAUAUCAGAGCCAUGUGUAUAGGUUUCAACUAUAUGCUAUCUUUUAAUUCAAUAAUAAUUGUCCCGUCUUCUAAGUCGGGCAAGUACAUAAAAAUUUCUUAAAACUUCGAUAGUUUCGGACUUUGAAGUUUAGCAGCGCUCAUUUACCGACUCUGCAGGCGUUUUUUUUUUUUUUUUUUUUUUAAUUCUUUUUACACGAGGAAACCAUGUGCUUCGUCCGAGUUAUUCAACAAUUCAUCUUUAGGAUCAUAAAUAUCGUCAUCGGCCUCCGCUUGCUUCGAUUAUAUCUUAACAGGCGGAUAAUUGGAGUACUCGACAAUCAAAGUCGAUAAAUGACGCGCGUGCACACGCGCGCGCGAUGAAAUCGGCUUGCCCGACGAAUAUACAGAAAGUAACACUUUCUCCUCUCGUCCACAAGAAUUAACAUUGAGAAAAAUAAUUUCUGACGCGAUUGUUUUAAAUGGAGCACUCCUUUGUUUUACAGCAGGAUAUUCUUAUACGAUCGUAUAAAUAUCCUCCAUGAAGUCAGUUCGUUUAUAUAAUGGGGCAGGGAAGCGGGAUAAUUCGCACAAAGCUCGAGCUGUGAUAACGAAAUCCGUUGUUUCAUUUCUUCUCUCUUUUUUUUUAACGAUCCUUAAAUAGAGUGGCUAUUACAAUGAUUAUGUUGAAAGUAGUGCUGAAAGUAGUGAAAGAUAUCUUUUCUUUUAGUUUCUUAUAAAUAUUCUGUCCUUAUACACAGUAUAGCGUUUUUUCUUCCUCUUACGGAUUUGUUAAUUGUUUUUUGUACAGAGGUCCUAGCGUAAGUAAUUCUUACAAGAUAAAUAGAAUCGUUCUCUAGUGUGUAAUCGUGUGUGUAGUUACAAGUUCGUCAACGUAUAUUUAUAUUUAUAUAUUUAAUAUCGGUGUUUUGCUUCUCCGAGAAAAUCGGACAUCCGAUUUUAGCAGCGGUGACAUCGUCGAGCGACAUAUAGGAACCUCCCUUUCACACACACAUUCUCUCUCUCCCUUUCUCUCUGACUCUCGUUCGUAAAUUGAAAACAAUUGAACGUGACGAGGACCGAGGAUCGCAUUUUUGCAUGGC